AUGGCACUUCCUGAUGGUUUUUGCAGCCAGGGGGAGUCUAAGGUUUGUAGGCUGCAUAAAUCACUUUAUGGACUAAAACAAGCCUCCAGGAAAUGGAAUUUGAAGCUAACAAAAGCAUUACUUGAAGCCGGUUAUAUGCAGAGCAAGUAUGAUUAUUUAAUGUUUACAAAGCAACAAGGGAGUGACAUAGUUGUUCUGUUGAUAUAUGUUGAUGAUCUUUUAAUCACUGGGAGUAGUGAGAAAUUGAUAGCAGAAUUGAAACACAUCUUGAAUAAGAAUUUCAAAAUGAAAGAUCUUGGAGAGUUGAAAUGCUUUCUAGGAUUAGAGGUUUUAAGAUCAAAGGAAGGGAUUGUGUUGAAUCAAAGAAAGUAUGCUCUAGAGUUUAUUGAAGAGACUGGUGUAGGUGGAGCUAAAUCGGCUUUGACUCCUCUUGAGCAAAACAAGAAGUUUACUACAGCUGAAUAUGAUGAAGCAGUUUGUAGCAAUGAAGAAUUGUUGCAAGAUAAGUCUGUUUUUCAAAGACUUAUAGGAAGACUAAUAUAUCUGACUCACACAAGGCCAGAUAUUGUCUAUGAUGUACAUUUCCUCAGUCAGUUCAUGCAUAAACCAAAACAAUCACAUCUUGAAGCUACAUUGAGAGUGGUAAAAUACAUUAAGAAAAAUCCUGGACAAGGGAUUUUACUAAGUAUGGCGAGUAAAUGCAGAUUAAUUGCUUAUUGUGACUCUGACUGGGCUUUCUGUCCUAUGACUAGAAGGUCUGUAACAGGUUUCUGUGUUAAGCUUGGAAUGUCUCUAAUCUCUUGGAAGUCUAAGAAAUAG